AACGUGCUACAUGGGUAGUAUUCGCGUGGAAUUCUCGUUAGACUUUUUUUUAAAUAAAAGAAAAUGGGAAUAGAAUUUUUGGAAUCAAAAUCUAGACGUGUUGAGCUGUUACCCUCUGUUUUAAGUACCUUUCUCCUCCGUUGCUUAUUCCUCCCAGUAUCUCUUGUUCUUACGCCUCAGACCUCCUUCAUUCAUCGCGAGCUGUAAUUGGAUGGGAGCUGUGAUGGCCUCGUCCAGCAGGUUGUAAUGUUCUUCUUUAGUACUAUUUCUCAAACUCUCUAGCCCCUCUUCUUCUCCGUGAAAUAGUUCAAUUUUAACCUGGCCUCGAAUGUCACCGUCGCUCACUGACGCCUUGCCCUGCUGUCUCAACCACGCGUCUGUCACCGCUUCCAUUUCCCGCGUUAUUUCUCUUUUCUCACAAUGAGAUCAAAGUUAUAGCCUUUUGCUUCACGUUUCUGGUUUUAGGUUCUCUUCCUUUUUUUUUUUGGUGGCAUUAAAGCAGUUUACAAGGGGGAAAAAUCCAGGAAAAAGUCGUGGGGGAAAGAGAGAGAGCUACUUGGAAACUGCAAAUUAGUGCUGUAUAAGUUUUUGUAAUUUUGAGGUGGGAUUCUUAGAUCAAACGCAGCAAUGGCGCCCUUAUUUAAUUGGUGGGGGAAAGAGGGCCAUCGGGGAACCCCGGUGGUUGUGAAGAUGGAGAACCCCAAUUGGUCCAUGGUUGAGCUCGCGGGUCCUUCAGAGGACGACUUCCUCAUUUCCGACCACUUGGGUCGUGCAAGAGACAAAGGCAGAGGUAAAAACGCCAAGCAACUCACUUGGGUUCUUCUCCUCAAAGCUCACAGAGCCGCCGGUUGCUUGACCUCCAUUGCCCCCGCAUUGUUCGGUCUAGCGUCUGCUGUGAAGCGCCGCGUCGCCUCUGGAAGAACCGACGUCGAUGCCGACCACGAUGACGAAAUCGGCGUUGGCAGGGAAAAGGAAAACCCCACUGUGAAGAGCAGGUUCUAUUCUUGUAUUAAGGUGUUCCUAUGGUUAUCUGUGCUUCUGCUACUUUUUGAGGUUACUGCCUACUUUAAGGGUUGGCAUUUCGGCGCUCCGCAUCUUCAACUGGACUAUGCAUGGUUGACCUCAUUCGGGGUGAAAGAUGUUUUCGAUUGGCUCUAUUCCCGGUGGGUUUUGAUUCGUGUAGAGUACAUAGCUCCGCCUCUGCAGUUCCUAGCCAAUGCGUGCAUUGUACUUUUCCUUAUUCAGAGUUUGGAUAGACUGAUUCUUUGUUUGGGCUGCUUCUGGAUUCGAUUCAAGAAGAUCAAACCUGUUCCUAAAGAAGUUGCUGUAGAUCUAGAGUCUGGUGAGAAGGGCUUCUUUCCUUUGGUGCUAGUGCAGAUCCCCAUGUGCAAUGAGAGAGAAGUUUACCAUCAGUCAAUCGCUGCGGUUUGUAGUUUGGAUUGGCCUAAAUCCAAGUUACUAAUUCAAGUUCUGGAUGAUUCUGAUGACCCGACAACGCAAGUGUUGAUCAAAGAGGAGGUCGAAAGAUGGCAACAAGAGGGUGCAAACAUAGUGUACCGACACCGAGUGCUUAGACAAGGGUACAAGGCCGGGAAUCUCAAGUCUGCCAUGAAUUGUAGCUAUGUAAAAGACUACGAGUUCGUUGCUAUUUUUGACGCUGAUUUUCAGCCCACCCCUGAUUUUCUUAAAAGAACUGUUCCUCAUUUCAAGGAUAACGAGGAAUUAGGACUCGUUCAAGCAAGAUGGUCAUUUGUGAACAAGGAUGAAAAUUUGCUUACAAGGUUGCAGAACAUUAAUCUGGCAUUCCAUUUUGAGGUUGAACAGCAAGUAAAUGGUAUUUUCAUAAAUUUCUUUGGGUUCAAUGGAACGGCUGGAGUGUGGCGAAUUAAGGCUUUGGAGGAAGCUGGUGGGUGGUUGGAGAGGACCACUGUUGAGGACAUGGACAUAGCUGUCCGAGCUCAUCUUCAUGGCUGGAAAUUUAUUUUCCUUAAUGACGUGGAGUGUCAGUGUGAACUUCCAGAAUCUUACGAAGCUUAUAGGAAACAACAGCACAGAUGGCAUUCUGGGCCAAUGCAACUAUUUCGCCUUUGUUUGCCGGACAUCAUCCGGGCCAAGAUAAGCGGGGGGAAGAAAUUCAAUUUAAUAUUCCUCUUCUUUCUCCUAAGAAAAUUGAUAUUGCCCUUCUAUUCAUUUACCCUUUUCUGUAUAAUUCUACCUAUGACAAUGUUUGUCCCAGAGGCUGAGCUUCCUGCUUGGGUAGUGUGUUACAUCCCAGCAACCAUGUCAUUUCUCAACAUCCUUCCUGCUCCAAAAUCCUUCCCCUUUAUCGUACCUUACCUUCUUUUUGAGAAUACCAUGUCGGUGACCAAAUUCAAUGCCAUGAUCUCUGGACUAUUCCAGUUGGGCAGUGCAUACGAGUGGGUUGUGACCAAGAAAUCUGGUCGUUCCUCAGAGGGCGAUCUUGUUUCACUGGUUCAUAAAGAGUCAAAGCAUCAGAAAGCAGCAUCAGCGCCCGAUCUUGAGGAAAUACAAAGACAGGAGCAAAAGGCUGCUUCUAAGAAGACCAAGAAGAAGCACAACAGAAUAUACAUGAAGGAGCUUGCCUUGGCUUUCCUGCUACUAACAGCUUCGGUGAGGAGUCUCUUAUCUGCCCAGGGAGUCCAUUUCUACUUCUUGUUAUUCCAAGGGAUAUCCUUCCUGUUAGUAGGUCUUGACUUGAUUGGCGAGCAGGUUGAUUGAAUCUAAAUUGAUAGGAAGAGCUUUGUAAAGAACUGUAGAUCAUUAAUUAUGAAACCAGUAAACAAAGCAUGGACGCUGGACUCGUCCCAGCCGUAUAAAAAUCUUUCAAAGACAAGUUAUUAUGGGGAAAAUACAGGCAGUGCUCAGGCAUGGAGGACCAUGCAAGAUCCCAAUCCCAUUCCACUCAAUUACGAGAUGACAUUGUUAUACGGUCACAGGAGUGAUGACUUCAAUUCCAUUCGGGAACCAACACACUAGAAGCUGGUGGAAACUCGUUGGUAUGUAAGUUUCCUUUUUUUUUUUGCACAUUUCUUCGUUGUGCCCCCACUUCGUAAGUUUCUGUCUAUUCUUUAGUUAAUUGUUGGGAUCAAUUCUUUUGUAAGAAAUAUCUGUGGUUCGAAACACGAAUUGGGAUUUUUGUUGAAUUAGUUACAGUAGACGUUGGGAGCAAAUUUAUCCUGAUGGUUCUGAAAAUAAUUAUAUAAAUGCUUCAUUCAUUUUUGUCA